AUGGCGACAUCACCAGCUGUAGCGUACACGAACUUGCCAGAACUAUCGCCUCCUAUACUUGAACGCUCAAACCAUGAAAGUGGAUAUAACCUUGAAAAUGGUCGUAAUGUUUUUAAUGUUGUGUCGGAACAUUCGACUGAUCCUGGUCUGUCCAGUCGGAAUGGGGCGAAUAAGUAUGACGACAUUUUGAAUCCAUGCGUCUUAAGUUGGAGCGAUCUAAGCUACGCCGUAUCAAGUCGAAAGACGAGUAAAAAUCCACACGGACAUAAAAUGAUUCUUGACAAAGUCAGUGGCCGUAGCGCACCAGGAGAACUUACGGCGAUUAUGGGUCCAUCUGGGUCUGGCAAAACGACUUUGGUCGAUCUAUUGGCCGAUCGAAUUAGUUCGGGUCAUUUAACUGGUACGAUUGAGUUGAACGGUAUUGAACGCGUAACAAAAACGUUUCGGGCUGUCACGAGUUACGUGGCACAAGAAGAUUCGCUACUAGGGUCUUUUACUGUUAUCGAGACCAUGAAAAUGGCAGCACGACUUAGUUUACCUCAUACGAUUGUUAUGACGGAUAUUCACACUCGAGUCGAGAGUGUUGUUGAAGCCAUGGGACUUGGUGCAUGUAGGAACACUUUGGUUGGUGAUAUAUUUCGUAAAGGCUUAUCGGGUGGUCAAAAGCGUCGACUGAGUAUUGGGAUCGAAUUGCUGUCGAACCCGAGCAUUUUGAUCUUAGAUGAACCUACUAGUGGUCUUGACUCAAGCUCAGCCCACAAUGUCAUGAAGUAUAUUCUAAAGCUAUGUGGUGAAGGCAAGAACGUCUUGUGCACGAUUCACCAGCCUUCGUCCCUAGUCUACGACAUGUUUACUAAUGUUAUUAUCUUAUCACUGGGACAAACUGUGUACUGUGGCUCUCGCGUUAAUAUGAUAUCACAUUUUGCCUCAGUUGGAUUUAAUUGUCCCAAGUACAUGAAUCCAGCCGAGUACUAUGUGAAUCUGGUCAAUACAGACUUUGAAGACCAUGUGGAUGUGACAAAACUCGUGUGUGCAUAUAGUCAAGGAAGUGUUAAGAAACAACUAGUUGAUCAAUUGUUGGCCGAUCGAAUCCACAUGAUACAUCUACCUGACAUUGAGCUUCGACCUUCGUCAGCUUUACGUCAAUUUAGUGUGCUCAUGUAUCGCAACACACUUAACAAUUUUCGAAAUCCAGGCAUUUACUGGAUUCGAUUGUUGAUGUAUUUCUGUCUUAGUUUUAUGGUGGGUACAAUGUACUUAAGCACGAACAACGACUUGACAGAUGAAGAUUUGGUUCCAAUGCUCUUUUACGUACAAGCAUUUCUGGUAUUUAUGUCAGUGGCUGUACUCCCAAGUUUUAUCGAACAGCGUGCAGUAUUUGCUCGGGAACGAGCUAAUAGUUCGCUCAGUGUAGUGAGUUAUGUCUGUGCCAACUUUCUUGCAGCAUUACCGGGUAUUUUUUUGAUUGCAGUGAUGUCAACAGCUCUCGUGGUAUUGCUGGCAGAUUUAAACUCGAUUGAGUUAUUUCUGCUGAAUCUUUUCUUGUCACUUGUUGUCGCUGAAUCGAUGAUGCACGUUAUUGGUGCAGCUGUUCCUCACUACAUCAUUGGUAUUGCUUUAGGUGCCGGUGUGUUUGGGAUGUUUAUGCUCUGUGAGGGCUUUAUGGUCCCUCGUGACUCAAUUCCGAGCUACUGGAAAUGGGGUUACUAUCUUGCAUUUCACUCGUACUCGUUUGAGUCUUUUGUCUACAAGCAAUUUGAAAAUUCGACAACUGAAAGAGGAAAGGCAAUAUUAACUCGUUACGGUAUGGAGAACGUGGAUGUGAUGCGGGAUAUGAUGUAUCUUUUGGGAUUCGUCGCGGUUUUUCAAGCCAUCUUCAUGUUUAUUUUAUGGAAAUUUCAUACUGGCCGUCGUUAA